AUGGCAUCGCCUCAAAACGUUACCGUGGAACAGAUGAGAAAUAUCUUAAGUGAAGUCAUAAAUACUUUAGAAUCACCUGAUUACGCUUCGAAAUUGGACGAGGCAAAGGAAGCAGCAGGUAAUGAGAUGUUGAAGAUGAUGCAACUAGUUUUCCCCAUGGUUGUUCAAAUUGAAAUGGAAACUAUUAAACGUCAUGGAUUUACUAGUUCUAGGGAAGGCAUAGUGCAAUUCACUCAGCUGUUCCACAGUGGACACGUCUUUGUAGGGUGGCUCGUUUUUCUUUACCAUAGGAUAAAAACUACCAAAAUGAGACGAAAGCGAGUGUACCAGUUAUGUGUGUGCUCAUGCGUACUAACAUACAUUUAUUAUUUCUUUGGUGUGAGUGAUUAUUUAUUUAGUAAGAGCUUUGAAAAUAAUUUUGACUACCCACUGAAUAUAGACAUUAAGCCUAUCGUAAAAGAAGUGCUAGGAGGCCAAAAAGCCAGUGUGACACCCAUUAACUAUUACCCUUAUAGGUUUUUAACAAAUUCAGGCAAAUGUUCCACUCUGGAUAGAUUAGAUCUUUUUAUAGUUGUGAAAUCAGCGAUGAAUCAUUUUGAACAAAGAUCUGCAAUCCGUCAGACAUUUGGCAAGGAAGGUAUAGUGCCUGGAAAGAUGAUCAAAACAUUAUUUUUUCUGGGUGUAGGUACUUCACUUCAAACAGACACGCAGCAUAAAAUAGAAAAGGAAAUGGCUACAUAUAAAGAUAUUAUUCAAAUUGAUUUCCUUGAUACCUACUUUAAUAAUACUAUCAAGACCAUGAUGUCUCUCAGAUGGUUAUAUGAACAUUGUUCUACAUCUGAUUACUAUCUUUUUACUGAUGACGAUAUGUAUAUCUCUGUGAAGAACUUACUUGAUUAUGUUCAUAGUGCGUCAGAAGGAGACAGACAGCUAUAUGUCGGAUAUGUCUUCAAAUCUAUUCCGCAAAGAUUCCGUUCUAGUAAAUGGAGGGUCUCUUUAGAGGAGUAUCCUUGGGAUAGUUGGCCACCAUAUGUCACAGCCGGAGCUUUUGUGCUCACUAACAAAUCUAUGAGAUUUAUGUAUGCUGGGAGUUUAUUUGUUAAGCAUUUUCGCUUUGAUGACAUUUACUUAGGUAUUGUUGCAAAGAAAGUUGGCAUAGAACCAGUGCAUUGUCCAAAAUUCCAUUUCUAUAAGAAGAAAUACAGCAGAGAGGGCUAUAGAAAUGUGAUUGCUUCUCACGGUUACGGUAAUAAAGAGGAGCUGAUUAAAGUUUGGACUGAGCAAAAUGAAGGAGCAUUAGCAAUAUAA